AUGAUGAACGGGACAGAAUCCAUCGAGUCGCAGUGGCUGGCCCAACUAGCUGCCAUGCGGCAGGCCAUCGCAGAUCUGAACCUUACCAAAAACCCCGCCAACGCCCAGCUGACGUACGGCAGCGAUCUUGACCUCGACCUCGACGAGAACUCCUCUUCCGCCGGGACAGUGGACGAUGUCUGGGAUCUAAUCAGUUUUGAUGAGGAGUCCACAAGCGAGGGCAUUUACGAAAUCGAUGAUCUCCUUUCCCCUCCAGUCUCCGAACAAUACGAUCAAACGUGGCUACAGCAGAGAUGCCAGCUUCUCGCUUCCCAGCAACCUGGGGUGGAAUUGAACGAGGUAGCGCAACAAAUCAUAGCCGCGCUAGCUACCGACAGUGGCGACGACGAGCUGCAGAUGUCCCUCGCUGAGAUUGUGGGGUUCGACGACCUGGAUUUCGUGAUUGAGCUGAUCGCACACCGGAAGGAGAUACUGAGAAGUCUAGAUGCUGGACCGGGGAAAACUCAAGCGCAGACGGAUGGAUUGGCAUCUGGACAAUUGCAGACACGGGCCGAGAGAGAGCAGGCUCUUCGGAGGCAGGACUUCGAGCACAAAAAUGCAGCUCUUCUGCCGGCGCAGACUAGGGAGGGGCCAAAAUACCCGCAUGUAUUCAAGACGCACGACUCGAGAAACAUACUCGCCCUGAAUGGAAAAAGCUAUGGUCUACCACUGGGUAGUAGACAAAUUGACGAGCCGAAAUAUACGGAGGUCGAAGUCCCUGCUUCCAAAGUUGGAACCAUCGGCCAGCAACAGAAACUGGUUCCGAUAUCUUCCAUGGAUGGUCUUUGUCAGGGUACCUUCAAAGGCUACAAGACUUUGAACAGAAUGCAGAGUCUGCUGUACGAUGUCGCCUACAAAACUAGUGAGAACAUGCUUAUCUGCGCGCCUACUGGAGCGGGUAAGACAGAUGCCGCUAUGCUGACAAUUCUGAAUGCCGUUGGGAAGAACACGGUCCCCAAUCCCGCUGAGCAGCCGGGUGCUACCGAGUUUUCGGUCCUAGUGGAUGAUUUCAAAAUCGUCUAUGUGGCUCCCAUGAAAGCCCUCGCUGCCGAGGUUACCGAGAAACUUGGAAAACGCCUUGCAUGGCUGGGAAUCAAAGUUCGUGAACUGACUGGUGACAUGCAGUUGACGAAACGGGAGAUUGUGGAGACUCAAAUCAUAGUCACCACCCCUGAGAAAUGGGACGUAGUGACUCGAAAAAGCACUGGAGACACGGAACUCGUGCAAAAGGUCCGCUUGUUGAUCAUUGAUGAAGUUCAUAUGCUACACGACGAACGUGGUGCGGUCAUUGAGUCAUUGGUGGCUCGAACCCAACGACAGGUGGAAAGUACCCAGUCGCUCAUUCGCAUUGUCGGUCUGUCAGCAACCCUGCCAAACUACGUCGACGUCGCCGAUUUCUUGAAGGUCAAUAAGAUGGCCGGGCUGUUCUUCUUCGAUUCCUCUUUCCGACCAGUGCCCCUCGAGCAACACUUCAUUGGCGUUAAGGGGAAGCCAGGCUCUAAGCAAUCCCGCGAUAAUAUCGAUACUGUGACUUUUGAGAAAGUCCGGGACAUGCUCGAGAGAGGACACCAGGUCAUGGUAUUCGUGCACUCGCGCAAAGACACUGUGCUAACUGCGCGGAUGCUCAAGCAAAUGGCAGUUCAGGACGGAUGCGAGGCUCUCUUCAGCUGCCAUGAACAUGAAAACUAUUCUAAUGCGCUACGAGAUAUGAAACAUGCUCGUGCUCGCGAGCUGCGUGAUUUGUUCGCCAGUGGAUUUGGCACACAUCAUGCCGGGAUGAGCCGAAGUGACCGAAACCUUAUGGAGCCUACGCUUGCCUGGGGUGUUAACCUGCCAGCCGCGGCGGUGGUCAUCAAGGGAACUCAAUUAUACAACCCACAAGAGGGUAAAUUCGUCGAUCUCGGCAUUCUGGAUGUCUUGCAGAUCUUCGGUCGUGCUGGUCGUCCUCAAUUCCAAGAUACAGGUAUCGGCUUCAUUUGUACAACACAUGACAAAUUGAACCACUACCUGUCUGCGGUAACUUCGCAGCAGCCAAUUGAAUCCCGCUUUUCAAGUCGAUUGGUCGAUAAUUUGAAUGCCGAGAUUGCUCUCGGAACAGUCACGUCGAUUUCAGAAGGAGUGCAGUGGCUGGGAUAUUCCUACCUCUUCGUGCGCAUGAAGCGCGAACCUCGAAAUUAUGGCAUUGACUACACUGAAUUGAUAGACGACCCUGGGCUAGUUUUAAGACGUCGCCAGCUUAUCAUCCAGGCUGCGCUUGUUCUGCAAAAAAGCCAAAUGAUAAUCUACAACGAGAAAACCGAGGAACUUCGAGCUAAAGACGUUGGGAGGAUUGCAAGUCAAUACUAUGUGCUUCAGACGAGUAUUGAGAUUUUCAACGAGCUCAUGCGGCCUCGAUCAGGGGAGGCAGACGUCUUGCGGAUGAUCAGUAUGAGUGGUGAAUUCGACAAUAUCCAGUCUCGUGAAAAUGAGUCGAAAGAACUCACUAGACUUCGCGAGGAAGCGGUCCAGACUGAAGUGGAAGGAGGAAAUGAUUCUGCACAGGCAAAGACCAACAUUCUGCUCCAGUCCUACAUUUCCCGAGCCAAAAUUGAAGACUUUGCCUUGGUCUCAGACACUGGAUAUGUAGCGCAAAAUGCAGCACGUAUAUGCCGUGCUUUGUUCAUGAUUGCAUUGAACCGACGUUGGGGCUAUCAAUGCCAGGUCCUUCUCUCGAUGUGCAAGUCUAUCGAAAAGCAGAUGUGGCCGUUCGAUCACCCGUUCCGGCAGUUUGAUUUGCCGCAGCCGAUUCUAAGGAACUUGGAAGAGAAGCUGCCGACUUCAUCAGUUGAAUCGAUGAGGGAUAUGGAAACUGCAGAGCUUGGCCAACUUGUCCAUAACCACAAAAUGGGCAAGACAUUGGCGAAACUGCUUGAUAACUUCCCCACUCUCAGUGUCGAGGCUGAGAUUGCACCGCUAAAUCGUGACGUCUUACGUGUGCGCCUAAUGCUGUAUCCAGAAUUCACCUGGAAUGAUCGACACCAUGGUGCCUCCGAAUCAUACUGGAUCUGGGUUGAAAAUUCGGAGACGUCCGAGAUCUACCAUCACGAGUACUUUAUCUUGAGUCGAAAGAAGCUCUAUGAUGACCACGAGCUGAACUUUACCAUUCCUCUCUCAGACCCGUUACCGAAUCAAAUUUAUGUUCGAGCUAUAUCUGACCGUUGGUUGGGAGCGGAGACUGUUACCCCGAUAUCGUUCCAGCAUCUGAUCCGUCCGGACACUGAGAGUGUGUACACGGAUCUCCUCGAAUUGCAGCCUCUUCCUAUAUCUGCUUUGAAGAAUCCGAUCCUUGAAGAGCUGUACGGGCAGCGCUUUCAGUAUUUCAACCCGAUGCAGACUCAGCUCUUUCAUGUUCUAUAUCACACCGCGGCAAAUGUACUUUUAGGAUCGCCGACAGGUAGUGGGAAGACAGUCGCGGCGGAGCUAGCCAUGUGGUGGGCUUUUAGAGAGCGUCCAGGCUCAAAGGUCGUGUAUAUUGCGCCUAUGAAAGCGCUUGUUCGCGAGCGUGUAAUGGACUGGGGAAGACGGCUUACAGCGCCUAUGGGCCUCAAACUAGUUGAGUUGACCGGUGACAACACGCCUGACACACGGACGAUCCGAGAUGCAGACAUCAUUAUCACAACACCAGAAAAGUGGGACGGUAUUUCUCGUAGCUGGCAAACCAGAGAUUACGUCCGCAAGGUGAGUCUGGUCAUCAUUGACGAGAUUCAUCUGCUUGGCGGUGACCGUGGGCCCAUCCUGGAAAUCAUUGUCUCUCGAAUGAACUAUAUCGCUUCACAGUCAAAGGGUUCGGUCCGAUUAAUGGGCAUGUCGACGGCCUGUGCGAAUGCCUCCGACCUUGCAAACUGGCUGGGAGUGAAAGAAGGCUUGUACAAUUUCCGUCACUCCGUUCGGCCGGUGCCUUUAGAGAUCUAUAUCGAUGGGUUCCCCGAGCAGCGUGGUUUCUGCCCUCUUAUGCAGUCAAUGAACCGACCUACUUUCUUGGCCAUCAAGAACCACUCUCCCGAGAAGCCUGUGAUUGUGUUUGUUGCUUCUCGUAGGCAGACUCGACUGACUGCCAAAGACUUGAUAAACUUUUGUGGAAUGGAGGAUAACCCUCGUCGUUUUGUCCGUAUGUCGGAGGAUGAUCUGCAGUUAAACCUUGAACGGGUUAAGGAUGAUGCUUUGAGGGAGGCUCUUUCCUUUGGCAUUGGUCUCCAUCAUGCUGGUUUGGUGGAAUCCGAUAGGCAGCUAGCGGAAGAGCUCUUUGCCAACAACAAGAUUCAAAUUCUUGUAGCCACCAGCACUCUCGCCUGGGGCGUCAACCUUCCUGCACAUCUCGUCGUCGUUAAGGGAACACAGUUCUUCGACGCGAAGACGGAGGGUUAUAAGGACAUGGAUUUGACAGACGUCUUGCAGAUGCUGGGUCGUGCGGGUCGGCCUCAAUUCGAUUCGUCCGGUAUUGCGCGGAUUUUCACACAGGACUCAAAGAAGGCGUUCUACAAGCACUUCUUGCACACCGGUUUUCCUGUGGAGUCUACACUUCACAAAGUCCUUGACAACCACUUGGGUGCCGAAGUCUCUGCUGGAACCAUUGCCACCAAGCAAGACGCUCUCGACUACCUGACCUGGACAUUUUUCUUCCGCCGUCUGCACAAGAAUCCAUCCUACUACGGCCUUGAGAUUUCCGCGGACCAGCACAACUCUCUCGAAGCUCAGACUUUAGCGCAAGACUUUAUGAUCGACCUAGUCGACAAGUCCCUCAGCGAGCUGUCAGAAUCUAGCUGCAUAAUAUUCGACUCAGCAACUGGCGAGGUCGACCCAACCCCGUUUGGUAAGAUCAUGAGCUACUACUACCUUGCACACAAAACGAUCCGCUACCUCCUCUCCCACGCAAAGCCAGCCCCAUCUUUCCACGACGUUCUUAGUUGGAUGUGCUCCGCCACGGAAUUUGACGAACUUCCCGUUCGCCACAAUGAGGAUCUCAUCAACGCCGAGCUCUCGCGGAACUUACCCCUCGCUGUAGACCCCAUGGGCGAUCUACCGAUGUGGGAUCCCCACGUCAAAGCCUUCCUUCUCCUACAGGCCUACAUGUCUCGCAUUGACCUCCCCAUCUCCGACUAUGUUGGAGAUCAGACAUCAGUCCUUGACCAGAGCAUCCGUAUCAUUCAAGCCUCCAUCGAUGCAAUGGCGGAACUAGGCUACACGGCCGCAUGCCGCACGUUCAUCACCCUCCUACAGUGCAUCAAAUCCGCCCGAUGGCCAACUGACCACCCGCUCUCGAUCCUCCCAGGAGUUGACCCAUCCACUAACACAGACAAAGACAGCAAAACCCGCCUCCCAUCAUCUUUAACCUCCCUAACUUCCCUGCCUCACGGAGCAAUCACAACACUCCCCGGCAAACUCCACCUCCCGGCUUCUUUGCAUUCUCAGUUCACCAAGGCAACAAGUUACCUCCCACGUCUCGCGGUCUCCGUCCCACUGUCCUCGGAACGUGGCCUAAGUGUUUCGCUAACACGCAAGAACCACCCCAGCAACCCAGACUUCCGCAUAUAUGCGCCCCGCUUUCCCAAACCGCAAACUGAGGGCUUCUUUCUACUCGUUUGUGCUUCUAAAUCCGAUGGCCAGGAUGGAGAUCUACUGGCGCUCAAGAGGGUUUCGUGGCCUACCGGUAACAAUAACGAUCAUAACAACAGUAACGGGAAAGGAUUGAACAAGAACAAAAAAGCCACAAAUGCUCUAGGGCACGGACAUGCACACGGUUCUGUGUCCACUACUUCCACGGUCAAGUUUCCUCGUGACAUCCCUGUUCCACAGCGUGUGAAUGUGAGGGUAAUUAGUGAUUCCUAUCCGGGGAUGGAGUGGGUUGUUUCCGGUGUGGAGGUAGUGGCAGAGCCUGGUGGAAGUGGUAACGGGAAGAGAAAAGGCAUCGAGAAUGAGAUGCAAAGACAGGUUGUUCCAGAGUCGGGUGUCCCGGCAAAGGAACAAUUUUGA